UUAUUCUUUUCUCUUUCCCGUUGCUCUCCUUCUCUAGCUCUCUCCUCAGAUCAGCUCUCAAGACUCUGAAACUCUCGAGCCCCUCUCGAACCCUCUCAAACUCAUUCUCAAAGUAAUAGCAACAGUAACAUUGUAUUUAUCUCUCUCUGUUUCGUUUCGAAAAAAAAACCCAAACAAAACCAAAAGCCCGUCGAUCUCUCGCAAUCUCUCUGGUUUUGGAGAUGGAGAAUUCGGAAGCGAGGAGUUCCCAACGCGUCCGAGUCGCGGUUAGUAUCAGGCCAGAUGACGGUACGGAUUGCAUUUCAGUGGUUCAUGGUGAACCUCUGCCUCAGGUGCAAAUUGGUUCGGAGUCCUUCACCUUCGACUAUGUUUAUGGUGGUAGUACUGGCUCGCCUGCUUCUGCAUUAUACGGUGAUUGUGUUUCUCCUCUUGUGGAUGCACUAUUCGAUGGUCGUAAUGCCACUCUUAUUGCAUAUGGCUAGACGGGGUCGGUGAAGACGUACACCAUGGGGACUAACUAUUCAGGGAAGGGAAGUAAUGUAGGAGUCAUACCUAAAGUAAUGGAAGACAUAUUCCAGAGAGUCGAAGUGAUGAAAGAUUCAAGAGAAUUUGUUAUUAGAGUCUCAUUUAUUGAGGUACUCAUGAAUAAAGUGUAUGAUUUGCUGGAUCCAAAUUUGCAUGCAAGGGUUUCCUUACAAAUUAGAGAAAUUGAUUGAGGAACAACAGUUGCUGGAGUCAUUGAGGCAGAAGUUAGGACAAAAGAUGAGAUGGCAACACAUCUAUCUUGCGGUUCCCACUCUCGUGCCACUGAGAGUACUGAUAUGAAUGACCAAUCAAGUUGCUCACAUGCUAUCUUUACAAUUACUAUGGAGCAAAAGAAAGUUGCACCCUUCGUAGCCGGAGUAACUAAUGAAGACAUUGGUGAUGACAACAUAUGUGCAAAACUGCUUCUACGGGAUCUCGCUGGUUCUGAAUGUGCAAAACGAACGGUUGCAGAUAGCAAGUUUCUUGUAGAAGGAAAACAUAUCAAAAAGGGUUUAUUGGCACUUGGCAAAGUGAUAAAUGCCUUGGGAGAAAAAAACAGAGAUCACAUUCUGUAUCGUGAGAGCAAUUUAACCCGCUUGUUACAGGAUUCUCUUAGAGGAAACAGCAAAACGGUUAUGAUUGCUUGUGUACGUCCUGCCAUCGCAAAUCGUAAGGAAACCCUGAGCACAUUGAAGUAUGCAAAUCAUGAUCGCAACAUUCAGAACAAGGCAGUUGUUUUGCAACGAAAAACAGAAAAAGCUUCUAUGUCUACAAAAAGUUGCAUUGACUAUAGAGAAAAGGACUCAGAAAUAAGAGAUUUGAAGGAAAAGGUUGUGAAGUUGGAGAUGGAAAAAGCAGACUGUAGAGAAAAGGACUCAGAAAUAAGAGAUUUGAAGGAAAAGGUUGCGACACUCAGUAAAUAUGCCAGCAAGUUGGAGAUGGAAAAGGCAAAACUUAUACAUCAAGAGGAGUCACUGGGCUACAGGAGCUCCUCUAGAUUGGAAGACAUGGAUACAUCUGAAUCAGAAUAUUUGGAUGAUUCGGAUGAUGAUGAUUGGGUGCCAAAGUCAGAAGAAGAAGAAGAAAAACCUGUUAAGAAAAGGAUUUGUAGAACAAGUGUAGCAUUCAAUCCGUUAGAUACAUUAGUUUGCAGCUCUUGCAGUAAAAACUCUUCUUGCAAAACAAUCAGAUGCCCAUGCCAUGCUUCUGGACGUAGUUGUGGGACUUCGUGUGCUUGUAAGUGUGCCAACCGCAGAACUGUCAAGGGUGGCUCACCAGAGUUCCAAAUUCAUGAGUCCAUUCCAUGAAUAGAUAUACAGAGAGUUUUUCGUUCAGGACCACUCCAUCCACAUCCUCGAGAUUUUCAUGAACUUAAUGGUAUAUUUCUCUGGUAAAGUUACUAACAUAUGGGAGCAAAUUUUAUGUGUGCAGGGAUCGUCAGAUGGGCCAGAACAAUAUGUUGCAAUCAUGAAUUCAAUAUUCUCAGCACAGCGUUCAAUGGUUCCUAUAGAUUCUUGUUAUAUAGGUUCUAACAAUUCUGCCUUCCUACAGCAGGCUUCUUACAUAACUGGUGGUGUGUAUCAGAAACCCCAGCAACUGGAUGGGCUCUUUCAAUACCUCUCGGUGCCUUUGCCAUAAAAAGAUGAUAGACAUGGGCUACAUAUGUUCUGUAUGCUUGUCCAUAUUCUGUAAGCACCACAAGAAAUGUUCAACCUGUGGCUAUGGCUUUUGGACAUCAUGCAGGUCAGUAUUUGGUCAGGCUCAGUCAGAUGUUACCUCAGCUUCCAAUCUUAAGCGAAAGACUCCAGAAACAUAAUCUUACUCUUCUACAAGCAGAUGUAUUUUUAAUUAUUCAUUUUAGGUGAUUCAUUAGAAGUAAAAUGAUCUGUUUUUGAUGCUCUUCCAUAUAUUACAGUCCAAUUAUUUGUGUUGUUGAACUGGUAUGUCUAGUUCGAAUUUCCUAGCAAUUGGUUUUUUUCAAUUGAGCUGUUUGGGAACCAGAAAAUAUUUGCUGGGACAAUUUUGGUAUACUGUAUACAUUACAAUUUUGGCCCCUAUCAUAUCAGAAUUUUGUUUUGAGAUGUAGCAAUGCUUAAUUUUGCAUUCAACAAAUUGUGCUAAAAGCUAGCGGUUGUACCAAAAGGUACUUGACAAUGUUGCACUUGUCUUUUAUUUUAAUCUUGGCAAGUAUGUUGCCGCAUAUGAACAUUUGUAUGAAUUCUACAUCUUUUUCUCAA